GCAGAGUUUGCAGUGAGCCAAGAACAAGUCACUGCACUCCAGCCUGGGCAACAGAGUGAGACUCCAUCUCAAAAAAAAUAAAUAGCUAAAUAAUUAGCCAGCAUUGUUAUGAGUUAAAGUCUAUUUGCCCGCAUGAAUAAAUAGGUAAAUAAUUAGCCAGCAUUGUUAUGAGUUAAAAUCUAGUUGCCCACAUGACAGAGUGAGACUGUAUCAAAAAAAUAACUAAAUAAAGAAUUAGCCAGCAUUGUUACGAGUUAAAGUCCAUUUGCCCCCAUGUUAUGUGAGAGCAGCCAAGACUUAAACCUCAGGAAAGGUGGGACAGAACCCCUCCCCCCAGCCUGCCUCCUUGGCCUAGAGAUUUAAGUCUUUGUCCCUCACCCUUCCCCAAGCUGACUCAGCCCCUGGAGCAGAGGGCAGACCUGGCUGGGAAUACAAAGGGCAGCUGGGGCACAAGUGGGCAACUGCAGCUGUGGCCUGCAGGGGGUCAGUGGUACACCUGUGCCUGUUUAGCCUCCCGCUCCGGUGGCUGCAGAAGAGCCAGUUUUCUCACACUGUCAUCCAGGGUCACAACUGCAUCCACUCACAGUGACAUCAUCACACCCACCCACCAUCUCACACUGUCCCAUACACAGUCAUACCCACUGAUAGACUGCACACGCAGUGGCACGCUCACACCGUCACACGUGCUCUUGUCCAUGCGUUUAUUCCCAUUUCUGGCACAGUGUCCGGACUCGGCAUGGCCAGGGGCAUGACCUCGCAGGAAGUGGAGCUCACAGUGUGGGCAGACAGAUAAUGACCAAUAACUUCAGUACAAGCGGAGCUGAGGCGUUAGGAGGACGUCCCCGACGGGCUGAGGCCUGCACAGGGGAGCUGUUGGAGACUUGCCGAGGAGCGCAAGGGCUCAGGCGGAGGGCUUUGCAGCUCUGCAUCUUCAGAGCCUCAGGGCGGACCCUUUUCCUCCCGCCCUAUCCGGGGACUGAAGGAGGAGGCGUCCUUAGGGGACGGGACCGUCCUGAGCUCCGGGGGCAGGAGUGGCAGUGGUGUGGUGUGGGGCGGGGCGGGCCUGUCAAGGCGGGGCCAGCCCGGAGCUCGCAGCUCACCGGGCGUCGCUGGCUGCGGCGGCUGCUGCCCGGGGGCGGGAUCCGGAUCUAAGCCUCCAGUAAUCCCGCUGAGGCCCGAACCAGAGGCGGGCGGGGACUUCCGAGCCGACGCGGCCCCGGGCGCUGGGACGGCCCUCGCUGGCGGUCUUUGGGCUCCGCCCCGACAUCCGGCCCCGGGCACGUGGUGGGCGGACAGGGGCGGUCCUGAGCCUGCGACCUCGCAGGGGACCUCGCAGGACCCUAAGUCCAGGCCACAGUCAGGGGCGGGCGCUGGGAGGCGAGCGUGAACUCAGCGACAGGAGAGUGAGCUCACCACGCGCAGCGCCAUGACCAGCAAGGGUCCGGAGGAGGAGCAUCCAUCAGUGACGCUCUUCCGCCAGUACCUGCGCAUCCGCACCGUCCAGCCCAAGCCUGACUAUGGAGCUGCUGUGGCUUUCUUUGAGGAGAGAGCCCGCCAGCUGGGCCUGGGCUGUCAGAAAGUGGAGGUGGCACCUGGCUAUGUGGUGACCGUGUUGACCUGGCCAGGCACCAACCCUGCACUCUCCUCCAUCUUGCUCAACUCCCACACGGAUGUGGUGCCUGUCUUCAAGGAACAUUGGAGUCACGACCCCUUUGAGGCCUUCAAGGAUUCUGAGGGCUACAUCUAUGCCAGGGGUGCCCAGGACAUGAAGUGCGUCAGCAUCCAGUACCUGGAGGCUGUGAGGAGGCUGAAGGUGGAGGGCCACCGGUUCCCCAGAACCAUCCACAUGACCUUUGUGCCUGAUGAGGAGGUUGGGGGUCACCAAGGCAUGGAGCUGUUCGUGCAGCGGCCUGAGUUCCAAGCCCUGAGGGCAGGAUUUGCCCUGGAUGAGGGCAUAGCCAACCCCACUGACGCCUUCACUGUCUUUUAUAGUGAGCGGAGUCCCUGGUGGGUGCGGGUCACCAGCACUGGGAGGCCAGGCCAUGGCUCGCUCUUCAUCGAGGACACAGCAGCAGAGAAGCUGCACAAGGUUGUGAGCUCCAUCCUGGCAUUCCGGGAGAAGGAAUGGCAGAGGCUGCAGUCAAACCCCCACCUGAAAGAGGGGGCUGUGACCUCCGUGAACCUGACUAAGCUAGAGGGUGGCGUGGCCUAUAACGUGGUACCUGCCACCAUGAGCGCCAGCUUUGACUUCCGUGUGGCACCGGAUGUGGACUUCAAGGCUUUUGAGGAGCAGCUGCAGAGCUGGUGCCAGGCAGCUGGCGAGGGGGUAACCUUAGAGUUUGCCCAGAAGUGGAUGCACCCCCAAGUGACACCUACUGAUGGCUCAAACCCCUGGUGGGCAGCUUUUAGCCGGGUCUGCAAGGACAUGAACCUCUCUCUGGAGCCUGAGAUCAUGCCUGCUGCCACUGACAGCCGCUUCAUCCGUGCGGUGGGGGUCCCAGCUCUAGGCUUCUCACCCUUGAACCGCACACCUGUGCUACUGCACGACCAUGAUGAACGGCUGCAUGAGGCUGUGUUCCUCCGUGGGGUGGACAUAUAUACACGCCUGCUGCCUGCCCUUGCCAGUGUGCCUGCCCUGCCCAGUGACAGCUGAGCCCUGGAACUCCUCAACCUUUGCCCCUGGGGCUUCCAUCCCAACCAGUGCCAAGAACCUCCUCUUCCCCUUUCCAAAUAAUAAAGUCUGUGGACAGGGCUGUCUCUGAAUUACUAACCC